CUUAGCAACCUGAGCUAUCUCUAACUACAUGUAUUCCGUACUGUGUAUGUUACCCAAUCCAAUCCAUCCACAUGCCACAGCUUCUUUUGUGUUUGCUCUCAACCCAGUGGAGCGACAGACUAUCUAGGGCAACGACACACCAUAUAUUCCGCGCUCUGCGGAGAAUAUCUUUCGAGGUAAUGCAGAUCUAGGAACGCAACCGUCUGUGACGAUCCGUUCAGGCGAGCACGGUCCGAAUCAGAACCUCAACGGUGCCUUGUUCGCAUCAGUCGCAGCUCCCAGCUCAGCGCCUCUUCCGGCACUUACGACCUUUGUGUACCGUUCAUGAGAUACCACCGCGCUUCAGACGACUUGGAUGGCGUCUGAAACCGAGCAAGCGCACCCCUCGCAGCAGCCGGUGCAGCAAGAAGACCAGGUCGAUGACGACAACAGCAGCGCCGUGCCAGUCGCCGAGGGAGCUGCGGGCCCUGCCACAACAAACGGUGCAGCGCAGCCUCCGGAGCAAUCCUUCGGACACGACCCGGAACCAGAACCAGAGCGCGCAGCGCUUUUUUCCGACGAAGACAACGACGACAAUGCCUCCGAGGCAUCGAUUCCCUCAGACGUCCUGUCAGACCAAGUGACCUCCCCAAGUGUUUCCGUCCCUCCAUACUGGUCGCACUCGCGCGCCCAACAAGAAAACCAAUUGCUCCCCCACCCUCGCGGCCACGCCCGCGCCGUCUCAAGUGCUUCGGUCGAGUCAGUCCUGCCGCCGGGAGCCAUCACGCUACAAGACAACGAACGAGACGACGACGAGGACGAUCAACACCCCGGCAGACGCAGCAACAGCAGCGAGAUAUAUGGGCGGGACCGCAACCGAGCGUGCUGGGCACGCAGCGUCCAGGUGACGGAUUACGUGCUGGUGAACGGGAGCGCUACGAACAUCGGGGCAUUUGUGGUGUGGCAUAUCCGGGUCGAGACGCUGAACGGCUCCCGCAUGAACAUCCGCAAGCGCUACUCCGAGUUUGACGAGUUCCGGCAGCGGCUGGUCCAGACCUUCCCCAACUUCGAGGCGGCCGUGCCGGCACUGCCGCCCAAGAGCGUGCUCAAGCGCUUCCAGCCCCGCUUCCUCGAGAAGAGGCGGGCUGGGUUACAGUAUUUCCUCAAUUGCAUCCUCCUCAAUCCCGAGUUCUCGGGCUCGCCGGUCUUGAAGGAGUUUCUCUUUUCAUGAAUCCCAGGAACUUCUGAUGCCGAUGCUUGAUGAUGAUGAUACGAAGUCUCCGAUAAUGAUAAUCUUGGAUAAUGAUCUCUGUCGCUGCGUGCCUGCGGAAU